AUGCCUGCCCCUGCUCUGAAACCAGUACUCCCAACAAUGUCAGCUCCUCGGGUUCGCGAGGCAAUCAGGCAGUAUCUCUCGGAGGCUCAGUCGGAUUCUCACGGAGUGCAGCAGAAAGCUCUCCAGACUUUAGUUUCCAUCACCAAGGUGAGUCCCCAAAACAGGAGCUUGGUUUCACAGACAGAAGGAGCCAUCCCCACCUUACUUGCCCUCUCGAAAUCUUCCUCCGACAGCAUUCAGGUUCUCUCGCUGUCUGUCCUCUUCAAUCUGUCCCUGAAUCCGGAUCUGAAGCAAUCUCUAGCGGAUAUUAAAACCCUUAAACAUCUGAAUUCGAUAAUUGCCUCUUUGACCUCCGCGGAGUCCGGCAAGGUAGCUUCCUCUCUGGUUUGCAGUUUGGCAAUGCUUGACAAGAACAAGGCCAAGUUUGGUGUAGCAGGCACCAUCCAGUUACUAGUCAAGGUCAUUUCCGGCCCUCGCAGCCCUGCCAUCCAUCACCUCCUCAGCUCUCUAGCUGAGCUUGUUCGGUUCCACGGGAACUGCACUUUGGCAGUGAGAGAAGGAGCUGUUCAAGCGCUCAUCCAAGUGCUGGAGAGCAGUGACAGCGAGGAUCUAGCCGGAACUUCUCUCCAGGUUCUUGGCCUUCUUGCGAGGUUUGAUGAAGGACUGAAUGCUUUGAGCAAAACCGACCAGAUUGUGAGCUCAAUGGUAGAAGUGUUAAAAGGGAGGUGCAUGCUGAGUAAGGAAGGUGCGGCUGAAAUCCUCCUGCUCCUGUUUGAUGAAAGUGAGGGCUGCGUGAGAGACGCUUUGCGGCUGCCGGACUUCUCAACUUUGGUAGCUGAUAUUUCGGUCAGAGGAUCACCGAGAGCCCGAGAGAAGGCGGCGUUGCUGAUGAAGAAGAUCAUGGAGGAUGACUUGGAUUCUUACUGUUGA